GGCAUCUCGGGCAUUACUGGACAGGGAUUUCUGGACAAACUGACUGCGUGGUCGUCCUCGUACGUCGUUGUUCGCUCCAUCGUGUCGAAAAACAUUAAAGAACACUCAGCCCUCCCGUUCAGGCCUCAUCCAGAUUUCCAACCCACACACAUCCAAAGACACACAAGACUACACUACUACCAACACUACUACAACACUACUACAACAGUCUAUCAAACAUACCUCGACUACCAACAUCAACACUGGACCUCAUCGUCACCCCAAGAAUCCAUAGCUCGGAUCACCUGCCUCUUAUUGGCUCCUGCAUUAGGCAUCUAUUUUUCUGCCUACACAUCCAAACACCAUACCCAUACAUAACCUAGCAAACAUGCCUUCCACAUCCCACCUCCGCCUUCAAACACAAUUCGAACCCAUCUCUGCUGAGACCACCCGCUCCCACUACUUCUCCUCCCCACCCCAGAAGAAGCAGAAGAUGUCUCUCACCCAGACCUACUACAUUGCUGCCUCCGCCCGCUCGAAGCUGGGCAAGGAGGCAUGCAGGCCCGAUCACGACCUCCGCCUUCUCGUCGGACACGCCAACCUCCUCGACUCAUUGAUGCUCGAGCUCGCAGAGGCCGAGAGGAAGCAGGAGGAGUGGUUCAACAACACCGUCCGCAAGGCCUCCAAGGCCGAGGAGGCUCGUCACAUCCAGUGGGCUGAUGCCCUCGCCGACGACGAGGACGACUCCGAGUCCGACUCUGACUCUGAAUCCGACUACUACGACGAGGACGGCGACUUCGACAUGGUCGACCUCCCCCGCCACAUCGUCUCCGCACCCGUCCAGAUCACCACCACCGAGGUCGACGACCAGUCGGAGGAUGAGGACGAUAUCUACGAUGACCUCGAGGACGACGCAGACCUCGCCCUCACUCGCGUGCCCUCUCAAUCACCACCCGAGCUCGUCCACGACGAGGAGUCGGACGACGAGUCCCCUCCCGUCUCCCCACCGCAAGCCACCAUGGAAUUCUCCGACAAGGAGGCAAUGCUCACGACAUCGUACUACGCCAAAGACUCCUUCUUCGGCUCGAUACAAGACCCCCGCGUCGCUGCUGCUCCGCUCAUUACAAGCUACUAGGCCCCUUUCUUCUUUUGGCCUCGAAUCGACCAAAACCAUAAACCGACCUUUUACGAUUUGUUUAAUGAUCUGAGCAUUUUCCAGCGAGCGAGCGAAUUUUAUCACAGCGACAUUCAUCAUCGAGAGCAUUGCAUCUUUUUCUUUUAUUAUCCGGGAUACCACUUUAUCGACGACCGCCUUUUUCUUUUUUGUCUUUACGAGAUAUCCAAAUCACUACGAACUGGAAUCCGGAAUUCCGCAACCCUUGGGGUUAGCGAUGAUCUCUACUCUAUCUAUCUAUUUCAUUUUCGUCUCCAAUUGUAUGGAGACUGGUGUUGUCAUACGGGAAAUCAGGAACAGGAAAAAUCAUGGAGGAUACAACACCACGGGAACAUCAAAGCAUGGUAUGAGAUCUCCCUUUCACACAGUGUGUGUGAAAAUGGUAGAGACUCCCAUCAUCACUAGAAUAGCAAAACCAAUCCAAAAACAAUCAAAACAAUUUACUCAAAC